AUGGCUCCCAGGAAAAGCCGCAAUCGCGAGCCCUCUCCACCGCCAGCACCUGCAGAAACAGACGCCUCACCACAAGUCGAGCCAACCCCUCCAGUCCAAGUUCUGUAUUGCUCCGUAUGCUCGUAUCCACCAGAAUACUGCGAAUUCGGCGAACAUCUCACGCGGUGUAAACAAUGGCUGCAUGAAGCGCAUCCUGAUCUGUACGAGAAAUACUAUUCCGAUGAGGCACUACAAGCGAAGAUCGGAACUCUGAGUUUGCAGGCUCAGGAAAAACUUGAGAAGGAUACCGCAAAGAAGGAAGCCAAAGCGGAGGCGAAAGCGGAUGCUGCUCUGAAGAAGAAAAUGGCAUCGCAGAUUACCAUCAAACGGAUCGAGCGAAAUAAGCGGAAAUAUGUCACAACCGUUCACGGCCUUGAAGCCUUCGGUGUUGACCUGAAGAAAGUUGCGAAACAGCUUGCCUCAAAGUUUGCUACGGGAUCAUCGGUUACGAAAAAUCCCCAAGGCCAGGAUGAGAUCGUCGUACAAGGAGAUGUGAGCGAUGAGAUACUUGAGAUGAUAGAAGAUGGGGUAGGAUUGCUGAAAGGUAUUCCUACUGACAAUGUCGAACUUGUUGAGGAGAAGAAGAAGAAAGGAACGGAAUGA